AGUUGACACAGGUCAUUUCGACCGUCAAACUAAAUUAUUUACGUCAGUGUUUUCGAACAAACCGCAAUUUUCAUUUAUAUAUUUAUGUUGUAGUGUUUUUAAGUUAUUCAACACAGCAACGAAUCUGUGUGACGAGUGAAGACUAAAAAGACAUGAAUUACCAGAAGGUCUUGCAGCCGCAGCCGCAUUUUUACGGCCAACAAAUCUUCUACGAGAAUCCCGAAUAUAUCGACGAGGCCGAGGAUUCUUUCAUCGACACCGUGAGCUAUUCCGAAAGUGACGGUUUCAUCGGUUUUCCGAUGGUUCGCUCCGUGCCCUCGUACGAUAUCCAGGAGCUGUACAUUAGGAAACCUAUGGCGACGGCCAGCCAGGUGUUGCCCGUUUCGCAGCGCGGUAGACGCUGCAUGAAUGGACAGCAUGGUUUCACUCCUGAAUAUGUCUACGAUCUCAAACCUCGCCCGCCACCCCACAUGAAGAACUCUACGAAAGGGUGUUCGACCGUACCGCAGGAACCUUCCUCAUCCCUUCCUCGGCGUGCGUGCUCUGCUAGAAACCAGUCCAGGAUGUACAUGCCGAACAAAAGAGACAACGGGAUGUCGUUCAGAAGCUCCCCCAUAAUAUCCGUUGGGUCUAGGUUUGCGGUUCCCAAAGAUUACGCUAAAGGAUACCCGUGCGCCUAUCAGACGAGGCCUCCAGGACAACCCGACGCGACCGCACCGAGACAAAACAUGGCUUGCACCUCGGAACCAGCCACCAACUACCAAGGCAGAGAUUCGCGAAGGAUGCCCUAUCGGACGCAGUAUCUCUCUGGAGGCAACGCACCCCAAGAGCCUAACAAAGCUGAGGUUCACCACAAAACCGAAUCCUUGAAGUGCAAGAGCCAUCCGGUGAUCGUCGAGUGCGAGGGCGAGGUGAAGAAGAUGAAUUCCGAGGGGGACGCCACUGGAUACGCGAACGUCGACGAGCUGGAUACCAUAGGGAGGAUCGCGGCGACGCUGGACGUCGAGGACGCGGAAAAAUUGAGCGACAAGCAGAAGAUGGAAAUUAAGGAGAUGUCCAAGUUUCUGAUACCGAGGAUCCCGAGCUCAGUGCAGUCCCUCAAGGAGAAAAAAACGAUAAAGUGGUCGGAGUCGACCACGGCGAACGCCGAGGCAGCGGACGGAAAAAGGAGCCAAGCCGAAAAAUUUCAAAUUUCGUUCAGGAAAUCCCUGGACAGCAUCCUGAAUCAGCUCGAGAGCUGCGAGACUUCGCUGAACGCCGUAAAGUCGAGAUUUUCGACGAGUAACAAAGAGUCUCGGACGUCGGAAGAGUCGAGCUCGAAAAAGGAUAUCAAGGACGAGAUAUUCAACCUCAGGGAGAUAUCCGAGAAGUUGGCGAUGACCGGCGAAGAAACGAAGUUGGAGAAAGAGGAGGAGAAGGUCGAGGAUUCGCAGGUUCCAGUCGUGAGAUCUGAUGAUACCAUGGAAGAUGAGUCUUCGGGUUUCGAGAGUAAGAGUGCUUCUAGAGGUGCAACGCUGGACGACACCUCGGCCUUGGAUUUGCAUCGUUCGAAGAGUUACAUAGUGAAUUUGAUCGACAGGGCCCUCAGCAAGGAACUUGGCACCGUUGCGAAUGAAAAACAAGAGAAGUUUCAGGAUCUGAAUCCCAUGAAAGCCGUCAGGCGUAUAGAGAGGAAUAAAAGAACUGAAUCUUGCAGUGUUAGAACAAGAAAUAUUACCGACCUCGAAUGCGAACCUUCAUCUUCAUGUGCGAAAGAGGAAGAACCGCCCUACAUCAAACAACUGAAAGAAUUACGAUGGGGUCAUUUCAAACAUAUACAACAGGAGGUCAGGAGACUGGAGGACCUGGAAAGAUUUUUGGAUAACUGCGGCACGCCAGAUAACAGCGCAUUUUAGAACGUCAACGGCUGUUUAUUCUGUAAAAAUUCACAACAUCAUUCUGUCACAGGUUAUUUACAAAGUUUCUACAUACAUAAUAUUUUUAAAUAAAUAUAAAUAAAUCUAA